AUGGCAUCUGAAGCUCAAGUAGAUUUGAAAAAGACCGUACCAGUGGAAGAGGAGAAGAAGGUCGAGGAGAAAGGUUUGAACAAUGAUACUCUCACCAAGUACACUACUGCUGGUCAAGCUUUGGGAGAAGUGCUGAAGAAGUUCAUACCCUCCAUCACUGCCGGAAAGAAAGUUUUGGAUCUUUGUGUCGAAGGUGACAAGCUUGUCAAUGAUACUGUUGCUCCUCUUUGGAACAAGGCUAAGAACGGUGUCAAAGUUGGUAAAGGAUCCGCUUUCCCAACCUCCAUCUCGGUCAACAAUGUCGUCUCUCACGUAUCACCCUUACCUUCCGAUCCCGAGGUUGUCCUCAAGGACGGAGACGUCGUAAAAGUCAUGCUCGGUAUACAAUUAGAUGGGUAUGCCGUUACUCACGCCGAAACAGUCGUCCUCUCAACCAAGGCCGAGGGUCUAUCGGCAGAUGUCGUUAAAGCAGCUUACGAUGCCGCUCAAGCUGCCAUGCGAACGAUCAAAGUUGGAAACAAGAACUGGGACGUCACCGAGGUGGUAGAGAAAGUAGCAAAGGAUUACGAAUGUGCAGGUGUCGAAGGAAUGUUGUCUUGUCAACAUGAGAAAAACGUAACGGACGGUAAAAAAAGGAUUCUCCUCAACCCUUCACCAGAUCUCAAGAGGGAUCAUGAGACCAUCACAUUCGAGGAAGGUGAAGUUUACGGUGUGGAUAUCUUGGUAGUCACUGGAUCGAAUGGUAAGGCCAAAGCAGACCCAUCCAGGACCUCGAUCUACAAGAAGGCCGAUAUCAACUACCAGCUCAAGAUGAAGACUUCCCGAGCUGUCUUUUCAGAGAUCCAAAAGAAAGCUGGUGCUUUCCCAUUCACCCUGAGAGCUCUUGAUGAUGAGAAGCGAGCACGAAUGGGUGUCCAAGAAGCUGUUGCUCAUGGUCUCCUGAAACCAUACGAUAUCGUCCAAACCGCCGCUGGUACCCUCGUCGCCGAAUUCUUCUUCACCAUCGCCCUUCUCCCUGCCGGUCCAUUACUGCUCUCACCUCAACCCGUCUGGUACUCUGCUGACAAGCUUUCGACUGAGAAGAAGAUUACCGAUGAGUCAUUAGCCUCCUUGAUCACUCAACCUCUUCGAGCACCCAAGAAGAAGAACAAGAGCAAGAGUAAUGGUAAUGGAGAAGCCAAGGAAGAGACCAAAGCCUAA